UACAAUUCAAGAGCGAUAGUGGCGCAAAAAUGGCUGAAGAUAGUAUUCCCGACCUUAGCCGACCCCAGAUGUAUUUAUUUGGUUGUUCGCUUAAGGCAGAUAAAAAAGAACAUAAAGUGGAAGUGGAUGAUGAUGAAGCUGAACACCAGUUGUCACUCAAAGCGGUGUGUUUGGGUGCAGAGGCAGAAGAUAAGUUUCACACCGUGGAGAUUGAAGGGAUGACGUAUGAAGGGAAGUCCACAAAGUUCCCCCUAGUUGUUCUCAAACCAUCUGUGUUACCGUCGGUGAGUUUGGGGGGGUUUGAGGUCACCCCUCCCGUGUGCUUUCGGCUGCAGUCAGGUAGCGGCCCAGUCUACAUCAGUGGCCAGCAUUUUGUCAGUGUAAAAGACUCUGAUGACGAAGAGGAGGAGAAUAACACAUCACCAGUGAAGAGGCCCUCCAUUAUGCUGUCAGGAAAAGCUCCUCCGAAGAAAAAACUGAAAGUUGAUUCUGAUGAAGACGAAGACAGUGAGGAUGAUGAGGAUGACAGUGAGGAUGAGGAUGACGAAGAUGAUGAUGAUGAUGAGGAAGACGAAAAGCCAGUCAUCAAGGCGAGUUCAAUAAAAUCACCUAAGAAGAGUAAGGGACUUCCAGAGAAGAGUCCAAAGAGCACGCUCAAACAGAACGGGCCUGCAGGAAAAGCCCAGGCGUCUAAGGCGCCGGGAGGAGGCAAAGAUAAGACAGGGCCCAGCACAUCCUCCAAGGGCCUCAGUCUGGCCGACGUCAAGAGCAAGCUGACCGCUGCCGUCAAAGAGGGCAAAUCCCUCCCAAAGACGGAGCAGAAGUUUGAGAAUUACGCCAAAUUUUCCUUCAGGAUCACAGAUAAGCAAGUGGUGAAAGACCUCUGGAAGUUCUUACAGACGCUGAAACCGGAUAAAAAAUAAUUAUCCGCUGUGCCGCCGUUGCCCUGUCAUUUACUGUAACUGUCCCACCCCGUGCGAUUCUAUGUCCCUCAACGCUCUACGAAGACCUGGACAGAGGUGUGUGUCCUCACUCAGCAAUGUGUGAUAGGCUCACACACCACACCACGACUUCUGACUCUCACUAGUCUCAUACCGUCCACUGCGUGAGUUAUUGACAGUGCAAGGAAUCAGUGGACGUGAAGUAGCCACAUAAUCUGGAUUAUUGCUGUUACAUGGACGCUUUCAAGACAGUCGCUUAGGAUCCCAAACCCUAAUCUUUGAGUCUGACUCUGCCCCCUAAAGUGCUGUGUAAGGAAUUAAUAACGAUACAAAAUCUUAUUGCUACAGUACUGAAACUGUAAUAGUGGGGGGAAAACACUGCUCUUUUUUUAAAAAAAAGUUAAUUUAGAGUAACAGGAUUAAGAUGAAAUGUAUUUCUUUAUUUUGUUUCUUUAUUUCUGCUAUUGGAUUUGGUUAACCUAAGUAGUGUAUAGGCUAAUGUUCCAGCUUUCAAGUGUAUUUUUGUAUGUGCUGCUUUGGCAGCAAACUCAUUACCGCAGACAAUUGCUUACUGUAACUGGCAUAACUCCUUGCACUUACCACAGAGUAGAAAAAAAAGACUUCACACCCUAAGUGGAAGUGUGGGCUCUAUGAAGAAACAUGUGAUGGCUGAUUUAAUUCUUUGACAGUGCAAGGGUAAGAAACGUACCAGGUCUAUUUCUGUCAGUUUGAUACAAUCUUCAAAUCCCUCUGGCUGAUAUUGCGCAGUCACUGUGCAAAAUGAUCCCUGUGAGUGUGUUUAUAGUCAACAGGUUUUCCGUCCUCUGAAUAGACAUAGAUAUUAUUGUCUAGCAAUAGACAGCUAAUUAGGUAGAGCCUUUGUAGUUCCAAAAACAAAUCCAGAAUAUUCCUUUUAGCAAAUGGUCUAGACCCCCCUCCUCCCCCCUCCCCAACCCCUUUCCCUUUCCCACUCACACACCUGUGAAAAACUUUCGCAAUGGCAGCUUUGGCAGGGCCAGUUGUGAGGUCCAUCCCUCUGCACCUAAAGGUUCCGUCUCCCAGUGAAGAUUCCGUCUUUGUUUGAGCCAAGGGUUCCGUCUGGCCCUGCCGAUUCCGUCUGACUUCACUUCCAGGCCAUUCCCAAUCCCAUUCCUGUUCCCGUCCCCUCAGGCUCACCCCAGCAGCUCCGAGACGCACAACCCUGAGCAGCUGGAGCACUUUUAAUGCGUCGGCCAGAGAAUGGCACGUGGCCAGGGAGUGCUGACAUGGGGAAAGACCCCUCUCAUAACUCACAUCCAACGCAAAAGGGCUCCGCUGAAACCAAGCAGAGGGUGCAGAGUUGAAAAGAAAACAAAAAACAGCUUCUCAUCUGGUUUGGCCAUGUACAACAGUUUGGGUUUAUUGUGAAAGCUUGUGUUAAUUCUGGGCUUUUGGAAGAUUUUUUUUUGUUGUAACAUUUGCUUGGAAUAUGUCAUUUUCUGUUGCUUCAUUUUUGCUUUAACAAGCAUUUUUGCUUUUGAUUGCUUUUGAUAAAUUUGUCAUGGUAAAGGGACAGUGAAAUGAUAUAAUGAUGAUGCUUGUGUUUAUGUUGUUGUUUGUUUUGUCAUUUGUUUUGACUUUCAACUCUGUUAUACAUCAGUUCAGGAAUCAGUUUGAUCAGUUUGAUACCUAACAAUAGGUUUAUAGAAUAGAAUAUGAUCUUGUCAAGGUAUACUUUUCCCCUGAAAUGUCCUGCAAUGGUUAAAUGUGACUUAGAUGUACCUGCUGAAGUUGAAGCCACCCCAGCCCUUCUGGAAAUAUCUAAGCAAUCACAGUGUCCACUCUCUCUGGACAUCCCAAAGGGGGAGGAUUGGGAAUGCUGGUUGUCUUGUUAAUGCUUGGCUUGUUCCGCAAACAUUUUUUUUUUUUUUAAAGUAAAUAAUUUCAGUAUACAUAAAUAAAAGGUAAUGAUUCUGA